AGAGAAGUGGCGUAUGAGUGUGUGUGUGUGUGUGGGUGUACAGAGGUGCUGUGUUCUCACAGGCCCAUCAUACUGAAAUGCGUCGAUUUGGAUUAACACCAAGGAGUUACAGGGAAAUCUGCAAUAUGAAUGCUUUACAUUUGUUACUUGUUUUGCUUUACUGGCAAGGUGUGAACACAGAGACCAACUCCUCUGCAAUGACCAGCGAUGCUGUUACAACACGUAAGACUAUAGUGCAUAAAGGUCAAAGUAGUGUCAUCGUUGAACAGCUUGAAAUCCUGAAACGCCAAAACAUAGAGUUUUUGUGUAACCUGACUGAUUUUCCAAAUAAACCCCAAAACAUCACAGGCUAUUGGACCAAAAAUGGCAAUGUAAUUGAAAAUUCUGAAGAAACUAUUAACAGGCACAAUGAACAAUAUUUCCUCCAAAAGAGCUUUAAUAUCCAGGGUAGUGAUCUAGGAAAUUACUCGUGUAUCUUCAAAAAUUUGGAAAAUAAGGAAGAAGCUACUUUUGUUUUAAAAGCACCUGCAUUUAAAGACAAGCAAAACAGGCCCAUAGUGAGCUAUAUUGGAGAUUCAGUUGUAUUGGAUUGUGGAAUCAAGCAAACACCCAAAACAUGGAAUUGGUACAAAGCCAGUGGCACUGAAAGGGAGCAUAUCAAUGACACAGCUGACCCCACUGUCUACAAGAUCUUCUUGUCCAAUAAUGUCACCAAACUCACUCUGCUGAACUUGACUAAGGAAGAUUCAGGUACAUACAUAUGCAGUGCAGUUUUCGACAUCAAACCCAUCGAUUCGCAGUUGGAACUCAAAGUUUUGUCCUUCACUGAGCCUCUUAAGCCAUUCGUAGCAAUAGCUAUUGAAGUUGUCAUCCUUGUCACUCUUAUCCUGCUCUAUGAGAGACAAAGCAACAAACAGAAAGGUCCUGUUGGAACCACAGAGAAUGGAUUGUAUGAACAUACUCCGACACAGGAGGAGAACACUGCUGAAGAUGGAGGGACCACAGCCAGACAGAGGAGAGUGGACCAAUAACACAGCCAGUUCAUUCUUUAUUAAACUUUUGUUGUUCAGCAUACUGUAGUUACAUAUCACUUUAGUAUUUUAAUGUUGCAGCAACAAGAAAAGAACAUAUCAUACUCUGGAUGAAACUGGGUGCUACAUUUAGAAGUGCACAUUAACUAUAUUUAAAUCUCAUGAACAAAACUUCAAGAUAAUCAAGCAAUAUUAUAUAUGAUAAACAUAAACAGUCUAAAUGUGUCCUAAUGCUUUCCAUAAUGUUAAGUUUUUGCCUUAAGUCUACUAAUCUUGAAAAGCUCUGCAGGGUUCCAGGCUUUUUAAAGAUGAUCUCUGAAUGUAUAAAAUCUAGAGAAUUUUCAUUUCAAACGGUCAAAAAAAAAAAAAAAAAAAAAAAGGUUGGAUAUUCAAGUCUUGAAUUUUUUGAAGUUUCUGUAAAGUAUCUGUGACUAAUGUUUAAAUGUCAUUUCUCUUACUUUGUUUCUUUGGUAGCAAAGCGGUUACCUUUUAUUUUCUGUUCUGAGGUUUUUUGAGGCUUAAAAGCCUUUUUAAAAAUGUGUGCGUAUAAAACUUAGCCUUCCUCAUGCAAUAAGAUACCGCAGAACUACCAAUGUUAAAAGCCUUUCUGUGUAAUGUUAAAAGUUGUAGUAUGUCAUUAAAAGAGUUGUGAGUUUAAAUAAGAGGAAAUCCUGCCUUAACCACAUUUGUAUGUGCAAAAGAUGAAGACCGUGACAGCCUUGAUGCAUGGGCUCUGCAAAAUGUUCACUAACCCACCUCGAAGAUUCAAAUUUAUAUUUUUAUAUAUAAUUAAAUUAUAUAUUAAAGGCAACCCAAAACCAAUCAUCAUUACAAGGUCAUGCGGACAUUUGAUUUGUUUAUUGUAAAUACAUUUAUUGUGUACAUGUGCUCAAAUUCACCUGCAAUAAACAAUGCACAAAUUA